AUAGGCAAAUGGCUGCCAAUAGAGAGAUCUUAAACUUUCCGAAAUGUGUCAUGAUCAUUUUUGGUGUAUGGCGAAAUCAUUUAACGUCCAACUCCAUUCUUCAAAAGUUCUACGUAUUCUACUCCGUAUUUAUUCAUAUUUAUAUGCUGGUCUUUAUAUCAUCCAUGUUUACCUGGAUCGCGGUUGCCCUGACUGGAGUAAACAAUUCAGCCGAAAAAAAUGACAAAAUAGGAUUGAAUAUUACUUAUUUAAUCACCAUGUUGACUGUUAUGCUCAAGGUUGUGCUUUGCCAAACGAAGAAUAUUCGACGAACAAUCGCGUUUGUGCAGGAAGAAGAAAAAAAGAUCAUCGCAUCUAAGGACCCAGAAAUAUUGCAUACUCAUUUAGAACAAGUAAGAUUUUGUACGAGUGUCAACAUAACACUUUUUGUUUGCCACUUGGUUUUAUUCGUAUUUGCGGUUAUUGAAAACGUAGUGACCAGACUAAGCAUAGAAAGGCACAACAACAUAUACAAUGAAACUUUGAUAAAGCCGGUCAUAUAUGAAUUAUACUAUCACAGUAUGGAUCCGAUAAAAUAUGAAACAAUCUUGGUCUUGUUCGAUGACAUCGGCGGGACUAUAGUGAUAUCAUUAAGUGUUUCCACUAACAUUAUUCUUUCUUGCGUUAUUUUUGUUUCAUCGAUGUUGAAAGUUCUGCAGAUUAAAUUAAAGAAAAUGAUAAUUCAAACUGACAACAUCAUGAGGGAUUUGAAACAGUUGACAAAGGAACAUCAACGAGUCAUUAGCUUUGUAGCAGAUCUGAAUGAAUCAAUCAAAUAUCUCAUCUUGAUAGAGUAUACAACAAUAUCGCUAAAUAUAGCUUUAGUGACCCUUCGGUUUAUUAAGGAGAAAUCGUACUUAAUGAGAAUUGGUAGAUCGUUCUAUUGUGGUUUUCUAGUUAUAUAUAUACUGGCACUGGGAUGGAGUUCAAAUGAAAUUAAAAUGCAGAGUGUAGCAAUUGGGGAUGCGAUUUAUGAAAGCUCGUGGUACGAGCACAACAGAAAAGCUCAGGAGAUGUUGCUUGUAUUGAUGAUGCGCACUCAGAGACCUUUAACCAUGACCAAAGGACCGUUUGAUGAGAUGACUCUCCAAUCCUCUUUGAUGGUAUUGAAGGCCGCCUACACCUACGUUACCAUAAUGAUCCAGAAACAAGUAUGAACACCGGGGCAAUACAACAAUUUCUUUGUGUGUACAUUUUUUGUAUUAUAAUUUCAUCAAAUUAAUCGCAUCAUCAAAUCGAUAAAGAUUUUCAACUCACUCAAUUUCCUUUAUAUUUAUAGUUAUUAUUAUUAUUGUUAUUAUUAUUAUCAUUAUUAUUAUUAUUAUUAUUAUUAUUAUUAUUUUAUAUAAAGAAUG